GUUGAAGAAAUCAUAGGGGCAGUCGGUCACUUAGCACCCAAGAUGUCCAUUGCCCCCAGUAAGCUGCUGUUCCUCCUGACGAGCAUAGUUUGUGUUACAGAGCUUCUUGCUCUACCAUCCCCUCUUCAGAAAGAUCCGAAGUGUGGGCAGAAAUUUCAUGAGACAAAGCCGUGGAGUUACUUUAACCUUUUCACGCGCAUUGUUGGGGGAAACCAGGUGAAACGAGGCUCGCAUCCAUGGCAGGUUUCCUUGAAGCGAAGGGAGAAGCAUUUCUGCGGAGGCACCAUUGUUUCUGCUCAGUGGGUGGUCACGGCCGCUCACUGCGUCUUGGACAGGAAUUUACUUCAGGAUUUGAAGAUCACUGCAGGAGAGCAUGAUUUGAGGAUCAGGGAGCCUGGAGAGCAGACACUGCCUGUUAAAUAUGUCGUUAAGCAUCCAAAGUUUGACCCCAGGAGACCAAUGAACUAUGAUAUUGCCCUUCUGAAGCUGGAUGGAGCCUUCAACUUCAGUACAUCAGUUUUGCCAGCAUGUCUUCCUGAUCCCGGUGAAAAGUUUGAAGCAGGAUUUAUCUGCACUGCUUGUGGUUGGGGCCGUUUGCACGAGAAUGGUGUACUGCCUCAGGUAUUAUAUGAGGUCAAUCUACCAAUCCUAAACAGUAAGGAGUGUUCAAGAGUAUUGUCAACUUUAAGGAAGCCUAUCCAAGAUGACACUAUUAUAUGUGCUGGAUUUCCAGAUGGAGGAAAAGAUGCCUGCCAGGGAGACUCCGGGGGUCCUCUUCUGUGCCGCCGCAGGCACGGUGCCUGGGUCCUCGCCGGGGUCAUCUCCUGGGGCAUGGGAUGUGCUCGUGGCUGGGUGAGUAACGAGAAGAAGCUACAUUACAGAAGAGGAUCUCCAGGGAUUUUUACAGACCUCAGUGCACUGCUGCCCUGGAUUCAAGAAAAUAUGAGUACUGAACUGAAAAUGAAAAGUUCCACAGCAUUUUGUAGUGCUCAGGAUGGCAAACUCCCCAGCAGUGAAGGAGAAUUACAUUUUCCUGAAAGUCCGGAGCAUUUCUAUCAAAACCACCAAUUGUGUCUAUGGACUCUGCUUGCGCCAGAAGGGAAUUAUAUAUUGCUUCGUUUUUCCCACUUUGAUAUAGAGUCAGAAACAUUUUGUGACUAUGAUUCUUUAUCAGUCUAUUCGGAAGAUGACAGGCUUGUUGGGAAAUUCUGUGGAGAAGAUCUUCCAUUACCUAUUUUGAUUGGCUCCAGUAGUGUAAGGCUAAAAUUUGUGUCUGACAGCAAGAAUAAUGGAACUGGGUUUUCCAUGACCUACACAGCUCUUGCACCAGACACUCUUCCUGAUUCUGGCUGUGAGUCCUUAGCUGUUCUUUUUGAAGAAGGAGUGCUACAAAGCAUGCACUAUCCAGAGCACUACAGCAACCUGGCAAACUGUCAGUGGGUUGUUUUUGCUCCAAAAGAUCAUGUAAUCAAGCUUACCUAUCAGUCUUUUGAAGUAGAAGAGAAUGAAGAUUGCUCUUACGAUGCUGUGACUGUGUACGAAGAUGCGGGAAAAGAGGAGGAAAUAGCUACGUCUUGUGGAUUUGCUCUGCCAGCACCUGUUCUGAGCUCCUCUGAUACAAUGCUGAUUGUCUUUCACUCUGACGAAACAGAGGCCUUUGGAGGAUUCAGAGCUACAAUCUCUUUUGUUCCUGUAGCAGAUUUAAAUAUUUUUGAUUCGAAUAGUGAAGAARAGCUUAAAGAUAUGGAUAUGACUGCAGAAGACAUACAGAUUGAGACAGGUAAUAUUUGUGGAAUACCUUCAAAUCAGCCCAGGUUCCUCUUCAGUAGGGUAAUUGGAGGUGAAGAAGCUGUACCACACUCAUGGCCUUGGCAAGUCAGCAUACAGAUUUCAGAUGAGCAUGUCUGUGGAGGAGCAGUUCUUGCCAAAGAAUGGGUUGUCACAGCUGCUCACUGCUUUGGAUCAAAGGAACCAUACAGAGACUUAUGGACGGUGGUCACGGGACUUCAUGAUCUUGCAGAGCAAGAAUACAGACAGAAAAGGACAGUAAAGCAGCUUAUUAUACAUCCCAGUUUUAACAAGACCACCAUGGACUGCGAUAUCGCCCUUGUGCGGCUGUCGGAGCCCUUGGAAUUCAACCGGUACGUGCAGCCCGUGUGCCUGCCAGCGACGGACRGGGCGGUGCAGCCCUCGAGGCUGUGCGUUGUCACCGGAUGGGGCGCCCGCCCGGCAGACAGAGAAAAGGGGAAAAAACUGCAUCAGCUUGAGGUCCCCAUACUGGUGUUGGACACAUGUCAGAGCUAUUACGUAAACCUUGCCAGUAAAGUGACCCAGAAGAUGAUCUGUGCUGGGUUCCCUCUGGAAGAAGGCAAGGAUUCAUGCACAGGUGAUUCUGGUGGCCCAUUAGUUUGUCCUUCAGAAGAUGACUCUGGACUUUAUACCCUUAAUGGAAUCACUAGCUGGGGCUUGGGCUGUGGAAAGAAAAGCUACCCAGGAGUAUAUGCCAAUGUUGGUGCUUUUGUUGACUGGAUCAAGCAGAGUGUUAAUAGUAGUGAUCUUCCCAUUUUUGGGGUGUAACUGUCAAAGCAGCAGUUCUGCUGGACAACAUUGUAAGACACUUCCAAAGCACAAGUAUCAUUGAAAGCGAAACUUGGUGAGAGUGUAUUAGUUCAUGCUUGGUGAACAGAUUCCAGUGUAGCUGAUUCUUGCUUCAGUGAAGUUACUGAUUUACAUGAAUGGAGACUUUGGC